GUCAAAAGCUUUUUUAAAACAAAAAUUAAUUAUCACCUUUUUCUAUUUAUUCAUUUUUCUAAAAAAAAAAAAGAAAAAUUUGUAUUGAUAGAAUUCCAAAAUAAAGUAAUAUUCCAAUUAAAUCAUGAUAAUUAUAGAAUCUUGAACCACCUAAAAAAACCUUAA